AGUGUAUCAGUCUCUCUCUCUCUCUCUCCUUCUUUAAUGGAGGGGACAGAAGAAACUCUUCCUUAUAUAUUCCGUGACAGCCAUUUGGUUUUCAACAUGCUCUGCACUUCCUAUUAGCGCCCCGAUUCCAGAAUCCAGACGCCAGCUCCUUCUCGCUUUUCCUCCUCUUCCUCGCCUCAAAGGCUUGGAAUUCUUAUGAUAAAAUUAUUGUCUGUUGACAUUCAAGUGCUGUAUUUGCUUUUGUGAAGACUGAGCAGUGAAUACUGGUGACAAAGUCAGCAACAGUAAAGAAAUGACUUCAGCAAAGAUGGCCGAUAGGAAGGCAACUCUUGAUGCUGCCUCAUGGAUGUUUAAUGUUGUCACAUCCGUCGGAAUAAUACUUGUCAACAAAGCCUUAAUGGCCAAAUAUGGUUUUACCUUUGCUACGACGUUAACUGGUCUGCAUUUUGGCACAACCACGUUGUUGACUUUUCUUCUUCGGAGGCUGGGAUACAUUCAGGCCUCUCAUCUACCAUUUUCUGAACUUCUGAAAUUUGUUUUAUUUGCGAACUUUUCCAUAGUUGGGAUGAAUGUGAGUUUAAUGUGGAAUUCUGUGGGAUUCUAUCAGAUUGCAAAGCUGAGUAUGAUCCCGGUAUCUUGUUUUCUGGAAGUUGUCUUGGACAAGGUGCGAUACUCAAGGGACACAAAACUUAGCAUAGUAUUAGUCCUCCUUGGCGUUGCAGUCUGUACUGUUACCGAUGUGAGUGUCAAUGCCAAGGGUUUUAUUGCUGCUUUAGUAGCAGUUUGGAGCACUUCACUGCAGCAGUAUUAUGUACACUUCCUUCAGCGGAAUUAUUCUCUUGGAUCUUUCAACUUAUUGGGGCACACUGCUCCAGCACAGGCAGCAUCCCUGCUGUUAUUAGGACCCUUUCUGGACUACUGGUUGACUGGUAAAAGAGUUGAUGCAUAUGGCUUUAGCCCCACGUCCUUGUCAUUCAUUAUACUGUCUUGCACCAUUGCGGUGGGGACCAAUCUCAGUCAAUUCAUCUGCAUAGGCAGAUUUACAGCUGUGUCGUUCCAAGUGCUUGGCCAUAUGAAGACUAUUCUUGUCUUGGUUUUAGGAUUCAUUUUCUUUGGUAAGGAGGGUCUCAAUCUACAAGUAGUUUUGGGCAUGGUCAUUGCUGUUGCCGGAAUGGUCUGGUAUGGCAAUGCCUCGUCUAAGCCGGGAGGGAAGGAGCGGCGGAGCCAUUCAACGGCAACCAACAAAUCACUAAAACAUGGUGGAUCAUCAGACUCUUCCCACCUGGAUGACAAGGUCUAAAUUUCACUGGAAAAGGUUGAAAACCAAAAGAAGGGAGAUUAAAAUAUUGAGCAUUUUAGUUGAGUAGAUGCAGGCGUUUCUUUACACCUAGGAGGCAGGCAGAUCCCUCGCGAUUACUAUAAAAUUCUUCUCAUCAUAGUUCAUAUUCUUGUUGAAGGAAAAGAAUGCUGUUGAAGUGGGGUGCAAGUUCCCCCAUUAAAAUCACACUGUUCCACGAUUAUUGUUCCUUGUAAUUUAUUUACCUUAUUCGAUUUUGAGCAUUUUGCUCCUUUUUUUA